AUGUCAGACCUGACACCGAUAACGUUGCCCCAGUCGGUGCCUUUUCCUGUGACCAUCACUUCCAUCGACUGUUCUGUUGGCCAAACGGUUGCAAAGCACAAGCCCAUUUUCAAGUACAAGUACUGGGAAUAUCAGGAUGAUCCCAAUUCCCAGGAAGCUGUCCCUCCCAAAAUCAGAGUUGAACGUAUUGGAACAUUCGAAAGCCCUAUUGAAGGUGAAGUGCAGCAAAUAAACAUUGCUGUUCUCGACGAAGUAGCCCAUUCCGGUAUUGAACUCUGUCUGAUUAGAGAACCAUGUAGUCAUACUGUCCAAUACGGAGGUCUUUGUGCACUUUGCGGUAAAGCUGUUGAAGAUGAGAAAGACUACUCAGGCUAUACUUUCGAAGAUCGAGCCACUAUUUCCAUGUCACAUGAUAACACUGGACUCAAGAUCUCGCUCGAUGAAGCUGCUAAAAUCGAGCAGUCAACUACCGACAGACUCAAUGAAGAGAAAAAGCUCAUUCUCGUAGUAGACUUGGAUCAAACAGUCAUCCACGCCACUGUGGACCCCACUGUAGGCGAAUGGCAACUGGAUCCAUCCAAUCCCAAUUAUCCUGCCAUUAAGGAUGUCAAGACAUUCUGUCUUGAAGAAGAAGCCAUUGUUCCUCCAGGAUGGACGGGACCUCGCUUGGCUCCUACCAAAUGCUGGUACUACGUUAAAGUGAGACCAGGGCUUUCGGACUUUUUGGAAGAGAUUGUUAACCUCUACGAAAUGCAUAUCUACACAAUGGCAACUAGGAACUACGCCCUUGCCAUAGCCAAAAUAAUCGAUCCCACUGGAAAAUACUUCGGUGACAGGAUAUUAAGUCGUGACGAGAGUGGCUCUUUGACGCACAAGAACUUGAAGCGUCUUUUCCCAGUAGACCAGUCCAUGGUAGUAAUCAUUGACGAUAGAGGUGAUAUUUGGCAGUGGGAGAGCAACCUUAUCAAGGUAGUACCGUAUGACUUCUUUGUAGGCAUUGGAGAUAUCAAUUCCAGUUUCUUGCCUAAGAAGAAUGGGCAAUUGACAGGUCCUACCAAGAAGAGAAAGUCCAUUGCCAAAUUGGAAGCUCAGGCCACAGCUGAGCUUCAAGUAGAAGAAGAACCUUCGUUUGAUGAUGAUGAAGACAAAGCCGCUGCUGAUUUAGAUGCUGACUCAGCAUCACCAGUGGAUAGAAUUCUCGAACUUGGUGGAGGCGAAGGUAACACCGAUCUCUUGAUAGAACAGUCAAUCACCAGAAACCAAUCUAUAGAGCAACAGCAGUCCGAAAGACCGCUUGCUAAAUUGCAACAUGAUUUAGAGAAAAUGCAUCACCAUGAGCAGGAUGGACAUUCGAGGUCCAAUUCUCCUGACGGAACAUCGGCUGAUGAGGAAGAAGAUGACGACGAUGAUGAAGAUGAUAAUUUGCUUUACGACGACGAUAACGAAUUGACUGCAUUAAACAAAGUGUUGAUCAACAUUCACAACCAAUACUAUAAGAUCUUGGGUGAAAACAUCCUUAAGAACUCUUCAUUGAAGCCAGACUUGACCAAGAUCAUUCCAUACAUGAAGAGUCAAACUCUUGAAGGAAUUACUGUGUUGUUCUCAGGAAUAAUUCCCUUGGGAAUUAACUUUGAAAAUGCUGACAUCGUCAUCUGGUGCAAGCAAUUUGGCGUCAAGGUAGUAAAUGAAGUGUACCCAGAAGUGACCCAUGUAGUUUGUAGGGAUCCUAGCAACGGUCAGGGACCUACAUUUAAGGCACGAGUUGCCAGAAAGAUACUACCUGAUGCUCAUAUCGUCAACCCUGAUUGGUUGUUUGCGUGUCUUAGUGCAUGGAACAAAGUUGACGAAGCUGACUACUUGAUCCCGCUUGGGGACGAGAAGUUAUGGGUUGUUAGAAGUAAAGAUAUUGAAAAGUACCAAAAGGCACUUGAGAAUCAGAAACAGAAAGAAGCCGACCGCUCAAUUCAAAGGCCUCGUUUUGGAUCCAUAGAUUCAAUCGAGGAGUACGAUCUCGAGCAGGCUAAUCAAGAGGUUGAUGAAUUCUUGGCAGGCAUCAGCGACGAUGACGAAGAUGACGAAGAUGACUUGGAAGCCACAUUGGUGGACGAGAUUAGAAAUGGGGGAAAUUAUAAGAAUGUCAAUGAAGAAGAUGAAUACGACGAGGAACUUGAAAACGGCAAGUCCGCUGAUUCCUUCAUUAAAGAACUCUACAGCACCAAGAAGAGAAAACACGAACAAGAGGAAGAAGACGAGAGUGAGAAUGAGGUUGUGGAGGAGCCAGAGUCAAAUGGCCAGAAACCUUCGAAGGAUGAGGACCUUGAUGAGCUUGAACAGGAAUUGCUUGAUGGGUUUGACGAUUUGGAGGAGGACUAG